GAUGACGAGAACUCUUCCCGUUUUUGGAAGCUCGAUUUGGAACGUGCUCACUUCCGGCAAGAGAUGUGUUCAUGGGCAGCCAUCAGGGAUACCCUUCGGUUUGCAUUCUGGCUCUCCGUUGGCUUCGGUUUAGAUUGGUGCAUGGACAUCCUUGCGGAUAAAGACCACUCUGGUUUCAUAGAAGAGAUUCAGUCUCUCUGGCUCCUGAUUACACUCGGUGGUACCAUCGUGGCUUUUUACUACCGCAACUGGUGGAUUCUGGGUGUCUGCGUGGGAGGCGAUAUCUGUCUCUUGAGCAGGGAUUUGCUUUAUCAUCGGCACUGGCAGCAGUGUGUCAACGAGUAUGUGGAGGUUUCAUACACCGUGAACCAGAUUUUCGCUUUGUUCCUCGGCCCGUUCGUGGCUUGGUGGUUUGUGGUGACAUCCCGCGCCUUGGACCGGCUCUAUGAGUUCGUUCCGCGAACUGCGGAUAUCAAGAACGUAAACACGAGCCGCGAUGGCUUCUUGCACUUUCUUUUUGGCAGGGACCCGGCGAAAGAAGGUAUAUUCGGCUUCACGGCCAAUGUCCUCAAGCCACUGCUUCAAUUGAAAAUCAGAAGGGAGUAUGAGCAGCAGCCGCAGUUGGCGAGAGUGCCCUUGGAGGUUGACUUCUACAAGGAGUACGCGUCAAAGAAGGUUCGGCAGCCAUCGGCACCCGAUUGUCUGGAAGGGUCUUCCUCGGAGUCGGACCUCGACCCCGAAGAAGCCCUGGGUGGCGUACAG